UUCACCCCUAUUGUUCGCUGGAGCGAGUCACUCGGCGCGGGGCGGAGUGGAGUGAGAGACGAGCAGGGCGGUGGCGACGGGGCCGGCAGCGCAGCCAUGGAGGUGGUAAACAUGAGGGAGCAACCCAUCAAGGUGACAGAAUGGCAGCAAACAUACACCUACGACUCAGGCAUCCAUUCCGGGCUGAACACCCAGGUGCCAUCAGUCAGCAGCAAGUGCUUGGGGGAUGAUGAUGACCUUUAUGGCAAGCAGUACACGAUUAAGAAGACCACCACUUACAGCCAGCCUGGAGCUGCACAGGUCCAGGCUCAAGCAGAAUUGGAUUCCCAGCUUGCCAUGACCCGUGCCCAGCGCAUCCGGGCUGCCAUGUAUCCAGAGACAGUGGAGGACCGCUCUCUUCUCAUCACCACCCAAGUCGAGGGGCAGCAGACCAAUGUGCAGCGGCUGGCCGAGCCCUCUCAGAUGCUCAAGUCGGCCAUUGUGCACCUCAUUAACUACCAGGAUGAUGCGGAACUGGCCACUCGCGCAAUCCCUGAAUUGACCAAACUUUUGAAUGAUGAGGAUCCAGUGGUGGUCAGCAAAGCAGCCAUGAUUGUGAACCAGCUGUCCAAGAAGGAGGCCUCGCGCCGUGCUCUAAUGCAGUCUCCUCAGAUUGUUGCUGCUGUGGUCCGCACCAUGCAAAACACCAGUGACCUAGAUACAGCUCGCUGCACCACCAGCAUCCUCCACAACCUGUCCCACCAUCGUGAAGGGCUGCUUUCCAUCUUUAAGUCUGGGGGCAUCCCAGCUCUUGUGCGCAUGCUCAGCUCUCCUGUGGAGUCGGUCUUGUUUUACGCCAUCACCACCCUUCACAACCUAUUGCUGUACCAAGAAGGUGCCAAGAUGGCCGUGCGCCUGGCUGACGGGCUUCAGAAGAUGGUCCCCCUGCUGACCAAGAAUAACCCAAAGUUCCUUGCCAUCACCACGGAUUGCCUGCAGCUGCUUGCCUAUGGGAACCAGGAAAGCAAGCUGAUCAUUUUGGCCAACAGUGGCCCCCAAGCCCUUGUCCAGAUCAUGCGCAGUUACACGUAUGAGAAACUGCUGUGGACUACCAGCCGCGUCCUCAAGGUCCUGUCCGUCUGUCCCAGCAACAAGCCAGCCAUUGUGGAAGCUGGCGGCAUGCAGGCUCUGGGAAAGCACCUGACCAGCUCCAGCCCAAGGCUUGUGCAGAACUGUCUAUGGACUCUGAGGAAUCUCUCAGAUGUGGCCACAAAGCAGGAGGGUCUUGAUGGUGUGCUGAAGAUCCUGGUCAACCAGCUGAGCUCAGAUGAUAUCAAUGUGCUGACCUGUGCCACUGGCACCCUCUCAAACCUGACCUGCAACAACAGCAAGAACAAAACCCUGGUGACCCAGUCAAAUGGGGUGGAGGCUCUGAUACAUACCAUCCUCCGGGCAGGAGACAAGGAAGACAUCACUGAACCAGCUGUCUGUGCUCUGAGGCACCUCACCAGCCGGCACCCAGAGGCUGAAAUGGCCCAGAACUCCGUGCGGCUCAACUAUGGCAUCCCUGCCAUUGUUAAGCUGCUUAAUCAGCCCAAUCAGUGGCCGUUGAUCAAGGCUACCAUUGGUCUCAUCCGUAACCUGGCCUUGUGUCCAGCCAACCACGCCCCCUUGCAGGAAGCUGCUGUCAUCCCACGCCUGGUCCAACUGCUGGUGAAGGCUCACCAAGACGCUCAACGCCACGCAGCUGCUGGCACGCAGCAGCCAUACACGGAUGGGGUGAAGAUGGAAGAGAUCGUGGAAGGCUGCACAGGCGCACUGCACAUUUUGGCUCGUGACCCCAUGAACCGAAUGGAAAUCUUCCGCCUGAACACCAUUCCUCUCUUCGUGCAGCUCCUGUAUUCUCCAGUGGAAAACAUCCAGCGUGUGGCAGCCGGUGUGCUGUGUGAGCUGGCUCAAGAUAAAGAAGCAGCUGAUGCCAUUGAUGCAGAGGGUGCCUCAGCCCCACUCAUGGAGCUUUUGCACUCCAGGAAUGAAGGCACAGCUACAUACGCAGCAGCUGUCUUGUUCCGCAUCUCCGAAGACAAGAACCCCGAUUAUCGGAAACGUGUCUCUGUGGAACUUACCAAUUCACUGUUCAAGCAUGACCCUUCUGCUUGGGAAGCUGCCCAAAGCAUGAUACCUAUUCAUGAGCCGUAUGCCGAUGAACUGGAUGCAGGUUAUCGUGGCAUGUACUCGGGUGAAAUUCCCAUGGACCCCAUGGAUAUGCACAUAGACAUGGAUGGCGACUACCCCAUGGAUGGGUACAGUGAUGGUGUGCGGGCGCCCUACGGAGACCACAUACUUUCCUAACAUGCCCCUUGGGCAGGGCUCAAGAUGUUUUCUUAACACAGAAGAGGGCAGCCUCAGUGCUCAAACUAAGGGCACUCGGGAGACAGAAGUGCCUGAGAAAGAUGAUGACAAAUUCUUCCUUUCCCUGCAAGGAGGUUUUAUUUUCUAAAACAAAACCAUUUUUCCCUCCUGGGGGCCUUUGGGAAAAACCUCCACCCCAUAUCCAGGACUGCUUCUAACAACCUUGUAAUAACUUUCUACUAGCAGUCCGUUCUUUUCUCUCCUUCUCCCCACUUCAUUCUGACUUUAAUCAACCUGUCUUCCUUUUCCUUCUCCUCCACCUCCUCCCCAUAACAGUUUUUUUCUGCAAAUCUGGGCAACAUUGUCAAAAUGCCAUUGGAUCCUCCUAAGAGUAUUUUUCAAACACACAGGGUUUCCGGUGUUAUUUGACAGAUUUUUCUUUCUCUGUUUGCACUUCUAAUGCUUGUCAAUUAGGAAGUGUAGAAAACGGAAAUGUUUGCUAUUUUUCCUUUUGCCUUUUAACUUCGAGGUUGUUGUUUUUUUAAAAUAAAGAGCAGCCAAUGGGUGUGAGUUUGCCAAGAAAUGAACAGCUUUGCAUUUCCCAGCUUCAUUUUUUUUUAAGCCUUCAACAGAUGUGGCUGUGGGCCUUGGCGCUUUCCUCCAAAGAGGAACAACUAACAAUUUUAAGAAAGCUCUCCAUCUACUGACCCUCUUGCACAUUUUUAAUUCGAGUCCUCCCUUUUCUUCCCCCCUCUCCCCCCGCCCACCCCCCCCCGUCCUUCCUGGUGAUUGGCGUGUUCUCUUCUUCCUCUCCAUCCUCUUGCUCCUUCUAAUGCAUUUUUAAAAGCAGCUCUCUCAAUGUGAUGGCUUGAGGCUUCCACUGGAAAAGGGAUCGAUGUAGCUGCAAAUGUACUUCAGAAAAUUUUAUUAUUAUUUCUCUAAGGGAUUUUUUUGUAUAGACCAAAGCUAAAAAAACAAAUAAAAACUUAAACCCAA